GUGAGCAGCAGUGUUCGUGUCUGUGACUCUUUGGUUCUUUUGUUUUUUUGUGACGGAGUUUGUUUUAGAAAAAGUUGGCGUCGUUGUGUGAAAAUGUCUAAAGUCCAAAUGCUGAGAGCGUUGGUGAAGCAGCGACUAACUGCGGCUGCUGAAGAGAUAUUUGGGCUGUUUGAAAGAACCAUAGCAGAGUACGAGGAGGAACUUUGUCGUUCCAAAGAGGAGAACCACCGACAGCGCCGACUGCUGGAUGCAGUUUUUAACUCGGACGAUAUGCGGCAGCUGUUGGUGGGUAAAGAUAUUUCUCCUGAACAGCAGAAGUGUAGCCGCAAUCUGGACCGGGACGACCAGGAGCCCACACACAUUAAAGAGGAACUGGAGGAGGAUAAUAUCAAGUUCAGACUGGCUCCUGUCCCGAUGAAGAGUGAAGAUAAUAAAGAGAAGCAUCAGUCCUCACAGGUUCGUCUGAUGCAAAUGAACAGAGGGGCGGAGUCUCAAGCCAGCAGCUCAGCUGAACACAUGAUCAGAGAACCUGAUGGGUCAGACUCUGGAAGACCAGAAGCAACCAGGAACUCUGGUCCAACUAUUUAUCUACAACCACUCCCUGAUGACAUGGUUUCUGACACUUCUGAACCCGAGGCUCUUCGCGAAGGUUGGAAGGAGACCGAAGAUCCUCAGCCAGGCUUAAAUUCAAUGAAAAAUAAUGUAGAUCACGUAAGCGUUCUGAAAUACGAUUGUGAGAAACCAUUCAGCUGCACAGGUUGUAGCAGAACAUUCAAAUACCAGAGCCAGCUGAAGAAGCACAUCAUAAGCCACACGGGAGAGAAACCAUUUAGCUGCUCUGAGUGCAGUGUAAGCUACCGAUACAAAAUGAAUCUGACGGAGCACAUGAGAAUUCACACAGGGGAGAAACCAUUUUGCUGCUCUGAGUGUAACAAAACAUUCAGGUCUAAGAUUAUUUUAAUGAGACACAUCAGAAUUCAUACAGGAGAGAAACCAUUCAGCUGCUCAGUUUGUGGAGAAAGUUUCACUCAGAGUUCGACAUUAACAUACCACAUGAGACGUCACACGGGAGAGAAACCUUUCAGCUGUUCAGUUUGUAAGAAACGUUUUAGGCAGAGUGGAGAUGUUGCGAAACACAUGAGAGUCCACACAGGAGAGAGACCCUACACGUGCUCCUUCUGUAGCAAAGGUUUUGCACAUAAAACUGAUGUGAUUAGACACAUGAAAGUGCACACAGGAGAGGCGGCAGAUAAUGUUUGAAAACUGUAAUGCUGCAUUCACAUGUUGACUGAAGAACAAAUAAGGUGGCAUCUCACAUUUCUGCAUGUGGGACAAAUUUUUGUUUUACCGUAUCUAUACUGUUGUUCUGUUCUGUGACUGUCCCUGUGCUGCUGUAACAUCAUAAAUUUCCCCGUCAUGGGACUAUCAAAGGAUUAUCUUAUCUUAAAAUCUCUAAAUAUGUCAGUGCAGUUUAAGUCUGGAGUUGAUGGGACACGCCUGCUCUCUUUGUUCCUGCUCCACCUUAGCCUUUGUCUCGUUUGAUUUGUGGACUGUAUAUACAGACAGAUGAUGCACGAACACUCCUCUAUAAAAAAAAAAAAAAAUCAAGUUAAUGUGGGUAAUUUUAUGA